AUGCUAUCAAAAACCCAUAUUUCAUCAAUUUUCCUAAUUUUUCUCGUCAUUUCUCUAGCGCUCAUUAGUUCCAGUAAGUUAUUUGAUAAGUGAGUGAUUUCUGAUCUAUAACAAGCGUCGUUUUCAGCGGAGUGUCGUAGUUUCAGCCGUGGAAGAGGUGGCGGAAGAAGAGUGAGCAAUUAUCGGGCUCCGUCACGUGGACAUUAUCACCAUCAUCAUCAUCAUCAUAAUCAUUUUGGUGGAAGACGUGGAUAUUGGGGAAAAUAA